AUGCCGAAGCUGCCUCCGGUUGUGCUGUUCGCCCAUGGCGCGGGCUUCUGCAAGGAGAUCUGGGCGCCGAUCAUCCGCCGCCUGCAGCAGUCCGCGCUGUUGUCUGACGUUAGCUUCGUGAGCGUGGAUCUCCCGUUCCACGGCUCCAAGCGCGACAAUAGCGUCGCCGCCCAAGUCGACGAGAACGGACCCCACGUGACGCACCCGGCCAACAAUGUCAUAGCGAUGGCGUCCGAGGCGCUGCUGCAAGAGGCUCAGGCGCUGGCUGCUGCUGGUCGACCGGUCGUUGGCGUCGGCCACUCCAUGGGCGCGGCGGCGCUCUGGAAGGCGGAGGUGGCCAACCCCGGCACGUUCAAGGCGCUCGUGCUGUUCGAGCCCAUCUACGGGCCGCCAAUGCGCAGAGGCGGCCCCGACCGCCCGUACAACUUCAUGGCCGACGUGACGUUGAAGCGCGAGUGGAAAUGCUUCUCGUCCUGGGACCGCGAGAGUCUCGCGAGCUGGUUGGCAGGAGCCGUCGUCCCGGACGAGCACGAGGACGAGGCUGUAGUGCUGGCGUGUCACCCGACUAUCGAAGCUUCAAUAUACUGCGGCGGUCGGCUGUGGCUUUCAUCUGAGGAACAGGCCAGAACCAAGUGUCCGACAACGUUCCACAGCGGCAGCACCACGAGACUCUUCCGCCAGGAAGUGUUCCAAGCCAUCGCAGCUCGUCGUCCCGAGAUCUUUAAAGUGCACGCUCCUAUGGCCGGCAGGUCGCACUUGAUGGUGCUGGAAGACCCCGAAGCCUGCGCCGACGCCAUCGUAUCGGACCUCAAGGCCUUGGGCGGCUUCAACACUGCCCCCGCCCGGCUCUAG